AUGGACCCCAGAAACAACACCCCUCGGGCGCGCCCGUCGCUCAAGUUCGCAAACCGUAGCUACCAAGCUUCGCCUCUGAACCCGAACAAGCGAAUCGGCACUCCCAAGACAGCCCCGUCUCAGAAGACCUUGAGCCGCGAUAUCGCGCCCUCGAGUAACCUCAGCACGAGCACCAUUUCUACCGCUCACAACCUGUUCCGCUCCUCCUCUAUUGCCGCAAGCCCGGCCUCCACUUCUUUCGCGCCGAGCAUACCCGCCAGCACUAUGAAGAAGGUAUUCGCGCCAGGCGCGACCCCGGCCUCCCAGAAGGUCUAUCGCGAGAACAUCGCCCAGGCCACUCCCCGAGGCCUCGCUUCCAAGUCGAACUCGUCCGACCUCUUCCAGAUGCGCAUUCCCUCUCCCCCACCCGAACUCACGGGCGAAGCUCUCGCCAGAGACAUCCCUCCCGAGCUCGAAGCGAAGGGUACGGUAUAUGCCGACCAGUAUCUCGGCCACCUCGUUCCUCCCGAGUACGACGACCUUCAGCGACGUCAGCUUUUCUGCGUUCUUGACCUUCGUCGCCUCAAAUACGCUGCGAACGAGAUCUUCGCCAAGAAGGACUGGAAGCUCAAUAUCAUGAACUUCGCCAAGGAGUUCGAAAAGAGCCGGAGCUUGAUCAUGCUCAGAUAUGGCUUGUACGAGUUCAAGAACGUCAAGCCUUCGGACGAGGUUUUGAAGAAGUGGAGGGCAGCCCACGGCCUGCCUGAUCCUGAGGAGGACACUGCGGAUGCCAGCCCCUCCAGGCAGACUACGCGCUCCAAGCGCAAGGCUGAAGAGCAGCUCACUCCCAAGGACACGGCUUUGUCCAUCGCUUCUCCUAACAAGAACAAUAAGAGACGUGCCGUUGACCGGGAGGAGGAAGAGCCCGUUGCCACCCCAGCUGCCAAGAACAAGAGAAAUGCUACUGUAACCGACGAGGCGGACGAAAACCAGCUGUCCAAGUCGCAAAAGCCAGCUUCGACUCCCUCAAACACCAAGAACUUGUUCGAGCGCAUCGCCAACAACCAGGGGCCUACCUCCACUCCCAAGGCCACGCCCCAAGCUUCGGAGGCUCCCAAGCCUAACCCGUUUGCCGCUGCCUCGAAGCCAGCUAACGGCGAACCCGCCAAGUCUGUUUUCCAAAACCUCAAGCCCGCCCCAGGAGGCAACAGCAACCCCUUCUCAUACCUUUCGGACAACAGUUCCGCGAAGAACAGCGGUGUGGACGCGGAUGGCGAGAGUGAGACCGACUCUGACGACGAGGAAGAGGCGGAGGCACAAGAACCCGGCCAGCAGAGCUACGAGCCCAGCGUCGCCGCUAGCGGUGGUGCCGAGACGCCGUUGGCUCAGCCUACCUCUAACCUCUUCGGUGGUGUGAAGAAGCCAUUGUUCUCCAGCGGCGUUGCUACCGCGCCUUCCAGCACCUCGUCUGGUGCAAGAGAGACUACGCCAAAGAGCCUGUUUGACCGCGUUAGCAAGGGAAAUGACGGCCAGCCAAUGCGUUCCGACUCUGCUGAACCGGCCAAGGAACCCGCCCCGGCUCCGGUCGACGCUACUUGGAAGCCGACUAGUCCGAUCAAGUUCAACGCCGGCCCCGCUGCUCCGGCCAGCAGUAACAUCUUUGGUGCUUCUACCAACGGUUCCUCGAGCUCCAUCUUCGGUGCCAAGCCUGCUGCACCUCCCUCCAACUUGUUCGGUGCGCCGAAGCAGGACAAGCCGGCCGACGAUCAGCCCAAGUCCGCAAAGCGCUCUCGUGACGAUGAUGCUGAGUCCGACAAAGAGAACAGCUCGAAGCCUGCCAAGUCGCCCUUCGGUGGCUUCUCUGCUGGUUUCCAGCCGAAGACUUCCGAGGAGCCCAAGAAAGCCGAAGCGCCCAAGCCGGCCGCCCCGGCUUUUGCGUUUGGUUCCUCCGCUCCUAAGCGGGACGAAGCCAAGGCCGCGGCCCCGACCUCGAACUUGUUCGGUUCCCAGGAGAAGCCUCCCGUUAUGCAGUCGUCGACGCUCUUCGGAGGAAACAAACCCCAAGAAACGUCAGCGACUCCUGCAGCUGAACCGGCCAAGCCUCUCUUUGGCGCCAGCACCUCCGGAACAGCGAGCCCCUUCCAGUCCAGCACGCUCUUCGGUAGUCAGGCACCUGCCCCUGCACCUACUUCUAACCUGUUCGGCGCCAAGCCGGCCGACACUGCGGCCUCCAAGCCUGAGCCCGCUCCUGCUCCCUCGGCGGCGCCCAUGUUCAGCUUCGGUGGUAACAAGCCUGCUGAGCCGAGCCCGCUCUUUGGUGCGCAAAACACCAACGGUGGCAAUCCCCUCUUUGGCGGCAGCCCUAUGAAGGCGGAUCCCCCAGCCGAGAAGCCUGCUUCUUCCACGCCGUCGUUCACUUUCGGUGCCUCCCAAAGCGCGGCCCCGUCCAACCCAUUCGGCGGCUCAUCCGAACCGCAGACUAAUGGAGGCUCGUUCAACUCCGGAGGUGGUUCGUCCUUCACAUUCAGUGCCGGUGGCGGUCAGUCAUUCAACAACCCCUUCGCGUCGAACGCAGAGUCCAGCUCAGCGCCCCCGUCAUUCAACUUUGGCGGCGGCUCUGCUGCUCCCUCCGGCGGAUCCGCGCCCUUCCAGUUUGGUGGCGGUGAUUCAUCGUCUGCUGCUCCCGCGAGCAGCUCGCCCUUCCAAUUUGGCGGCGCCUCUUCGCAGCCGGCUGCCCCUGCCGCGCCCUCGGCCUCGGCCUCCUUCACAUUCGGUGCUUCCAACGGUAACUCUGCGGCGCCAGCUGGUCAACAGUCCCUAUUUGGUGGAAACAAUGCUGCCCCUACUAGCAACCUCUUCGGUGCUAAGCCUCAGUCUUCCGGCAUGUUCGGUGGUCUGCAGCCGCCUGCCGGUGCCUCGACCACUGGAACCAACUCUCCGUUCAACUUUGGCGGUGCUUCCAGUCUCGCCACCACACCUGCUACUGGAACUCCCGAGCCUGAAAAGGCCGCAGCUAAUGGGGACGGAGACGAUGCCGAGGGCAAGCCCCAUGAACAAAUCAAGCUCACCGAGGGUGGUCCUGGGGAGGAAGAUGAGGCCGUCGUGCAUGAGGUUCGCGCCAAGGUCAUGAAGUUUGUCCCUCCUGGGUCCGAGGAGGCAGAUGGAGAUGACCAGCCUAAGAGCAAGAGCCCCUGGUCCACCAAGGGCAUUGGGCCGCUCCGUCUCCUCAAGCACAAGACUACCGGCGCCGUCCGCAUGCUUCUUCGCGCUGAGCCCCGUGGCCACGUCGUCCUCAACAGAACAGUCCUGCCGAGCGAGGCGUACAAGUCGAACAAGAAGUACGUUACGUUGACGACCUCGAACGAAACGGGCAACGGCCUCGAGACCUGGAUGGUGCAGGUGAAGACUGAAGACCUGGCCGCAGCUCUCGCUGGCGCCCUGGAGUCCCACAAGUCGGCCAACGCCAACUAA